UAAAUAUAUAUAUAUACGGGACAAGACGAGGACAAAAGACAUCUGACUGACUGCUAUGCCAUCUUGGAGCAAUCUGUUGUAUUAUUUCAGUUGUUAUUAUCUCUGUAGUGUUUUAAAUUGUGUCACUAUUUCAUUAACUGAAAUAUUGGGGAUCUGAUGGGAAAAUACAGUUAGUUGAUGCUGAUACCACUUACUGUAAAAUGUGUCCUUUAAUGCAAUACGAAUCUGGGGAUGCAACGUCAAUGUUACUAUUACCAGCAGAUGGCGGUAUAUGUUAAGAUUUAAAUCACAAUUUGACGUUACAGCGUGGAGAUGACUUAUUUUAGUGAUUUCUCAGGACUACAAAUAAACAAACCUACGUUGAUGUUUUCACAUAAUAGUCAUAUGUUGAGAGUAGGUCUAUAGAGGAACGCAACAAUUUUCUUACAUCGUUUAAAACAAUUAAAUUUGCCUAAAAUGUUGAUUGAGGUGUAUUAAUGAACCGAAAAUGAUAUUACUUUUGAUUGGAUACAAAUAAAUGGAUUCUAAUGUUUAAGAUGUUUAUAUAUGUAAAGACUGUAUCAAGUCAGGUGACUUAUUAAACAUAAUGCAAAACGCAACCUACACGCUUCCCUAAGCCAAAGGCGGUGCUUAGCAGCUCUGUUUGGAAGAGAGGAGGGACCGGACCAGCCCACCCCGAUUCAAAGUAAAGUAUGAAUGUCCGUUUAAUUGGCCUGGGGAGAUGUCCUGUUGUCUUCGUUGAACAUGAGGUCCGAAUCAACACGGGGUCAUCAGAGAUACUGAGCCAACAAUAUCAAGGACUUCCAAGCUCCUGAUUGAAAACGACAUUUUUACUUUGUUUCAUUUCCUAUCCUUUUUGUUGGUCAAUCCCAAAGGUUUAAUUUAGGAAUAUUUCUGCUGCAUAAACCUAUCAAUUAUUGACAUAUUUCAAGUUCACCAGUUCAACCAUCUCAAUGGCGUUUUUAAUGAAAAAGAAGAAGUUCAAGUUUCAAAUCAAUUUUACAUUGGAGGAGCUCACAGCCGUGCCGUUUGUCAAUGGGGUACUUUUCUGCAAGAUCCGAUUGUUGGAUGGUGGGGACUUUGCCAUCUCAUCAUCCAGGGAGGAGGUUCAGCAGAACUGUGUUCGUUGGAAAAAGAAGUUCUCCUUCGUCUGUAAAAUGAGUGCCAAUCCUACCACUGGAGUCCUGGACCGAUCCAUCUGCAGGGUUUCUGUACGCAAGGAGCUUAAAGGAGGAAAGGCGUUUUCAAAGCUGGGCUUUGCUGACCUCAACAUGGCAGAGUUUGCUGGCUCAGGCUCCACCGUGCACUGCUGUAUUCUCGAGGGCUACGAUACCAAGAACACUCGACAGGAUAACUCCAUUCUCAAGGUUACUAUUGGAAUCACCCUUUUGUCAGGGGAUCCCUGCUUUAAAACGCCCCCCAGCACGGCCAAGUCCGUCUCUAUCCCGGGCCAGGACCCCUCCCUGCAGCUGGACUGUAAGGGCGAGGGCACCAAUGCCAACUAUAACCCUCCCCCAGGGGCCGUCACCAGGACAUCAUCAGGACGGCCCCUCAAACCCAGACUCCCCUCAGCUCCUCUCAACUCUGGUCUACCUAGGGAGCAGUUGGAGCAGAACCUGUCCAGCCCAGAUGAAGUGUUUCACACAGGACACUCCCGGAACUCCAGCUACGCCAGCCAGCAGAGCAAGAUAUCAGGCUACAGCACGGAACACUCUCGCUCCUCCAGCUUGACAGACCUCACCCACCGCCGCAAUGCCUCAACCAGCAGCAGUACCUCCGGGAGCCUGGGCACCCCUACCCAGACCCCCCACGUCUUCGCCCACCCCCUCGCAGCAGACCCCCAGACACCAGGAGAGCCAGGCACCAAGCCUCAGAGACCCAUACGGCCCCUACGCCCUGUCCUGCUCUCCAAUAGACCCUCCAGGAGGAAGAAGGACUCUGUGGAAAGCCACCCCACCUGGGUGGACGACACGCGCAUCGACGCCGACGACAUUGUGGACAAGAUCAUCCAGAGCCAGAACUUUGCUGAUGUCAACAACCAUAAAGAAGACAGCAACCUCAGACUGUUUGUCAGCAAAGAUGGGACUACAGCCCUGAGUGGGAUACAACUGGGAAACAGUGUGAUUGCUGGUGUCUUUGAGCCAGUAGUGAUCGAGAGCCACUAGCGAUGAAGAUUGAUGGAUGUCAAAUCACUCUACCCCCCUCCCUCCAUCUCACUCAUUCCCUCAGCUGGUGGGAAAAGGGUACAUGAGGGACACUGCAGACAACUCCACUGUUUUGAACUGUUGUGUGUGUGUGUGUGUGUGUGUGUGUGUGUGUGUGUGUGCGCGCGCACACAUGACUGGCUGCCUUUUGAUCUACACCAUUUCAACAAACACCACUAGACAACAGAUGUAACCCUUUAAGCAGAUGUUUAAGCAGAUGUUUAAGGUGAUGUAGGUGGGAGGUGCGACGUAUGAAUAAUCCAUUAAUGUAGAAAAGCUUUUAAAAUCAGGACGACCCCUCAAACCCAGACUCCCCUCAGCUCCUCUCAACUCUGGUAUGACAGUGAAUCACAUCUGAUUGCUGAAAAUUUAUUAAAGGGGCAAUCUGCAGUUCGAACAAAAACAAAGCCCAAAUAUUUAAAAUCAAUGCUUUCGUCUGGGGGCCGUAGGUGUAAAGUGUGCAAAGUACUUGAUAGAGAGAGAAAUGGGAAACCAUCGCAUCGUGGAAAUUGUAGUGCAACACUGAAAACCAGGAAAAGGCAUUGGAGUCAAAUGUGGCUGCCUCAAGUUGGAACGUUAUGGUUUACCCCAUGUGUAUCAUUUCGUGUAUCAAUUCAAAUGAGGGGAGCGUGCUAAAACCAAGAAAGAUGUGGAGAAAUUGAACAGACCAUUUGAACUAGGCUUCAAUGGGUGGUUUUCAAUGUGAAAUGUUCUAUUUGCGAUGAACCCCUUGCAAUCCUCAGAUUCCAGAACAACAGAACAACAGCACUAGACCUGGGGCUAAAGUUACUGUAUAGCCCAAAUAACCCAUGUCAUAGAAUUAUAAAGUUAUAGAAUAUAUGCAUAUAAAUAUGUCAUAUGACAAUAGAUAAUAUGUAUAUACGGACCUGAGAAAGAGAAAGGUAUACACAUGUGGCUGGCCAUAUGCAACUGUACAUACUGCCAUUGUCUAUGUGUGAUUCAUCAAUUACUCUCGGUAAAUGCAGGUAGGGUUGGUAAUCGAUGAGUCUAGUCUACGCCCUUGGUCCUCCUCCCUUGGCUCUUUUACAUAGUCUGCUUUACGUCCUUAAAGUAAAAUACUAUCCUGAAGUUCACCAGCUGGCUUGGUGUCUAUACUGUAAAAGUAGGAAAAUCAGACUCAACUUUUCUUGGUUUCUCUAUUUUUGUUGUUAGUCAUGUGUCUGUCUCAGGAUAUAUGGAUGGUGGGUUACCCUGUACUGUUUUGUCCCUGGCCUGUCAUGUAUGUCACACCUAAUUGAUUUGAGUCACCACGCCCAUGACAUCAGUCCGUGUUCUCAAGGACAGGAGCUGUCCGUUACCAGGUUACACCCAUCCAAAUCACUUUUGGAUUGGUGUUCUCAACAAACCAAUGUUUACAGUGUGAUGCAAAAGGAAACUCGACCGCAUAUUAUUUCAAACUUGCUUUCUCGCUGCAAGGGAAGAGUAUUGUUUUUUAAACCUGGUUACUGAUUUUGAUUGAAUUGGGGCCCAUAAUAUGUUGUUAAGUUGCUGAAGUGGGGUACUAAAGUUAGCCAGCUAACAUCAUAGUCCUUCUUUGUGAGGUACUUUCUAUGUGGCCUUGGCCACAUGAGCUGUCCAACUGUUGCCGUUCCACUUAAGUCGCAAUAUCACCCGAGAUGUUGACUCGUUAUCAAGCAAAAUCAACUAACAAGUGAAUAAGGGCUGUAAUGAUACAACUGACAGUAUCUGGUCAUCUUCUCCAAAAUGACCAAGCUAUUCUAUUUCCUGGGGGGAAAUGUCAUUUCAUUUCUGUCGCCCCCGGAUCUUGAAUGUGUUAGAAGAACAUUGCAUUGUAGGUAUGGUGUAGUCAGAGCCAAUCAGAGCCAAUGAGUCAGUCUCAUGCAGCUGCCCCAUGUGGCACAAUGCACCUGGUGUGCACUGGCUUAACAACGGAGGGUUUUCAGAAGAAGCUCCACCCUCAUCCCCAAAUGACAAUGUCCUUUUGUAUGCGUGUUUGUGCCUGUGUGCCUGCGUACGUCUUUGUGGGGGAGGGAGAGGGAACGAAAAUGUGGGCGUUUGUGUGUGUACGUCUGCAUAUUGUGCGUGUGUAUGUCCGUGUGUGCGUGUGUGUGUCUGUCUGCACAUGCAUGUUUGUGCAUGUGUGUAUGUCUGUGCUGCAAACGAAUGUGCGUGUGCAAGUCGAAUUGUUUAUGUGUGCUGAAAUCAGAACAGCUUGCCACUCGCCUGUCUUACGGUUCUUGACCCCUGAGUAUCCUUUCAGUUGAUCUGAGUCAACUCAGCAGGAAUAUGGACCUAAUGCAUAGCCUGUCUUACGGUUCUUGACCCCUGAGUAUCCUUUCAGUUGAUCUGAGUCAACUCAGCAGGAAUAUGGACCUAAUGCAUAGCCUGUCUUACGGUUCUUGACCCCUGAGUAUCCUUUCAGUUGAUCUGAGUCAACUCAGCAGGAAUAUGGACCUAAUGCAUAGCCUGUCUUACGGUUCUUGACCCCUGAGUAUCCUUUCAGUUGAUCUGAGUCAACUCAGCAGGAAUAUGGACCUAAUGCAUAGCCUGUCUUACGGUUCUUGACCCCUGAGUAUCCUUUCAGUUGAUCUGAGUCAACUCAGCAGGAAUAUGGACCUAAUGCAUCGCCUGUCUUACGGUUCUUGACCCCUGAGUAUCCUUUCAGUUGAUCUGAGUCAACUCAGCAGGAAUAUGGACCUAAUGCAUAGCCUGUCUUACGGUUCUUGACCCCUGAGUAUCCUUUCAGUUGAUCUGAGUCAACUCAGCAGGAAUAUGGACCUAAUGCAUCGCCUGUCUUACGGUUCUUGACCCCUGAGUAUCCUUUCAGUUGAUCUGAGUCAACUCAGCAGGAAUAUGGACCUAAUGCAUAGCCUGUCUUACGGUUCUUGACCCCUGAGUAUCCUUUCAGUUGAUCUGAGUCAACUCAGCAGGAAUACGGACCUAAUGCAUCGCCUGUCUUACGGUUCUUGACCCCUGAGUAUCCUUUCAGUUGAUCUGAGUCAACUCAGCAGGAAUAUGGACCUAAUGCAUCGCCUGUCUUACGGUUCUUGACCCCUGAGUAUCCUUUCAGUUGAUCUGAGUCAACUCAGCAGGAAUAUGGACCUAAUGCAUAGCCUGUCUUACGGUUCUUGACCCCUGAGUAUCCUUUCAGUUGAUCUGAGUCAACUCAGCAGGAAUAUGGACCUAAUGCAUCGCCUGUCUUACGGUUCUUGACCCCUGAGUAUCCUUUCAGUUGAUCUGAGUCAACUCAGCAGGAAUACGGACCUAAUGCAUAGCCUGUCUUUUCGCCCUUAGUCUGCUUAAUUAAAAUGUCUUUCAAAGGAAAAAGUGACAAUGGGCUUUUAUCUACCCACAUGUAGCAUCUACAUACUGUGUCUUCCUAACAAGGAUGUUUUAUUUACACCACACCGGACAUUCAUAGCGUACUGAGAUUUGACAUUCAGAGGCAUAGAGAGAAAAUGUCCAAAAUCUUGGCCCUUGAAAAAUAACAUUUGUAUUUUUGUUUCACUCUCCAAUGUGCUUUUGUUUUUCUUUCACUCUCCAAUGUGCUUUUGUUUCACUCUCCAAUGUGUUUUUGUUUCACUCUCCAAUGUGCUUUUGUUUCACUC